AUAAGUUUUGUUUUACUAACAUGAAGAUUUCGUUAUGUAUUGUGUUACUUACAUUCAUCCUUGCUAUACAUAUUGCUGAAGGCCAACAAAGAGAUAUUGUAUAUGGACAAAGAGUACCGGGAGAUUUUCUUUUUGAUCGUAAACGAGUAUCUGCUAAAGCAAAACUUACCAGAGUUCGGGGAUUUUAUACAUUCGUAUCUGAUUGUUAUAAAAAUCAAGGAGUUAUUACAGCUAUUGUCGUACGGAAUAAAAAAUUGUUUGAUUUGGGACAAACUGUUGUUCUCCCAUUCUAUGGCGGAGCCGGUAAAAAAUAUGCAAUGUUAUUGUUCAUCAGCCAAAAGAGACAAGGAUUUAAAUAUGUUGUUGAAGUUUAUGGCAGACCAUAUUCACAAGAACAGCAACGACUGUGCUUGGGUAUGAAAUCACCAUUCAUAGAGUUCACCAAUGAAGUGGAAUUAUUAGCAAAUAAUAGCGUCCCGCUAAAUAUCACCAAAGAUGAGCAAGCUCUUAUGCAUCAAGAAGGCUUACGUAAAUUGGGCACAUUUAUAAAACCAGUCGAUUUGCGAGAUUCAUCAACUGGUUUUGUAAAAGCAAAUUUAACAAAAAAAGUUUAUGGUGGAACAGUUGGCAUUCAAAUGCCACGUAGAAUGCAUCCCAUACAAGAGGAAAUGGAUCAGAAACAAAUUAUAUUACUUGAUGAAGAUACCGAUGAAAACGGUUUGCCUGCCAGUUUAACUGAUGAAGAUCGUAGAUUUAUUGUUCCAAUGGCACUAAAAAAUGCAUCGCCUGAUCCACGUAUACCUAUAACAACACCAAAAACAACAACGACAACACGUGCUACUACGACCACAUCCAAAAAGACCACCACAUCGGUAUCGCCCGAUUUUGCUGCCAAUAUUGAUGAUCUAAAAAAUCAUAUACUCUUUUUGCAAAAUCUGACAAAACAUGAUAGUAAUUUUCAAUCUAAAUUUGUAGUUUUUCCGAGUCUUCAAAAAGAUAAAUACAAACAAACUAUAGGAACUACUACAGUGCGUCCACAAAGACCUAUUUUUCAUUAUUCUGCUCCAAUAUUACCACCAACUCGAAAAACUGCAACAAAUAAAUCACCGAUUGGUCAACCAUUUGGUGGAUACUAUCACAAUGAAGAUGAUGAUAGCAUGUCUAUCUUUUUAUCACAAGCUGGCAACAGUGAUCGUGAUAAAAUAACAAUAGUGCCACAAGUUCUACUACUAAACGAUCAAACAAAUGGCAAAAAACUUGAUUUUGAUCAAUUUAGUAGUACUUCAACAACUCCACUACCGACAACUACUUCUACCACACCCAGCACUACCACACCGAGACGUCCGACUAAGAAACCCGUAUGCCUACGAAAUCCGGAAUCGCAAAAAUGUGUUCGCCAACGAAAACGAGAAGAGCUACAAAGGCAGCGAGAUCGUGAACAAUGGCUACGCGAACAAGCCGAGUACUUACAACCACGUUUCGAACCCUGGGUGCAGACACUAAACAAUACCAAACGUUUUGCAGUUUCAAUAGAGAUACCAGAUUCUUUUAAGAAAAUGAUGAACAAAUCGAAUGAUGAACAGAUGCAGCCUUUUGGUGAGAUGGUGCUGCCGGUGCUUUCGCGUGCAGUAAGAUCUCAACCUAAGCGUCGAAAUAUUGGUGGUGGCUUACAAGGACGCAAUGGUGAUAAAUUUGCUACAAAAUAUGGCACCACUCAUUUUGAACGAGAAGCUGUCUUAGCAAAUGGAGCACGUGAUUUUCUGCUCGCUAAUCCAGAUCAAUACUCUUUGCUACAAAAUGGCACAAGUCCCAGUCCUACAGUAGCGGCGUAUUCUGAAGUUGUUGAUUUAAAUCCCGACAAUUGCUAUUUGGUAGAUGGUAUGACAUAUGGGCAGAAAAAGCAAUGCGUUUUACAUACAAGUGUUAUGCCAGCAAUAAGCAGAGGCGCACGCGCUGCUAUACAGUUGAUUAUGUCGUCAGCUGGUUCACCGGAAAUGGCAUUUAUUCAUGCCUUGGCUGCCGCCACUGUUACAAGUUUUAUAGCACGUGCCUGUCGAGAUGGUCAAUUGGCUUCGUGUGGCUGCUCGCGCGGUUCCAGACCAAAACAAUUGCACGACGAUUGGACUUGGGGUGGAUGUGGCGAUAAUUUGGAAUAUGCGUACAAGUUUGCUACUGAUUUUAUUGAUAUACGUGAGAAGGAAACACGACGUGGUACACGUGGUGCUGGUAAUCCUGAACGUAAACGUGGUCGUUUUCAUCAAAGACGUAACCAACAAAUGCAAGCAGAUGAUGCUGGCGCAGUUGCUGCAACUUUUAAGAAAAUUAAUGUUACUACAACGACGAUGAAAUCAGCACGCAACAUAACAGCAGCAACAACUUUGAAAGCACCAACUAAUAUAUCAACAACAACAGCCAGUACAACAAUAGAAAAUAUCAACAAUGACAACAAUCAACAAAUUUUCAAUAAAACUGUCAAGAAUGAUGCAAACAACAUGAGUAACAGUGGUAUUAGCAGCAGUAGUAGCAGUAGUAGUGGCAGCAAUGACAACAGCAACAGCAACAGUCAGUUGCCAACAGUCGUGACAGCAAGUUCAAAGGACACAUUGUUAAAGUCAUCUUCUGUGGCGCCACCAAAACAGGAAGAAUCAUCUGAGGAAGACACUGCGGGGCGCAUUAAGCCAGCAGAUUUAUUGGAGUUACAGGAACGUAUUACUAAGGAAAUACUCAAUUCCAAAUUGGAGCAAAGGGAAAUGUUAGAAUUACAGGAAAAAAUCAAUCGAGAAAUUUUAAAUUCAAAAGUUUUUAACAUGGACGGCAAACGUAAAAGGAAACGUAAAAAUCAGCGCGCCGUAAAUGGUAUCGGAGGCAAUGGUCCGCUCGACACAGUUUACAAUGCAAACACGGGCGGCAAUGGUGUCGGUACAGGCGCUGGGAGUAGCGCUGCCGGCAGCAAUACUGGCACAGUUGGUGGCAAGUGGAGGAACAACAUUUCAGCGAAAGCACGUUCUUUAAUGAAUUUGCACAACAAUGAAGCCGGCAGAAGGGCCGUUAUAAAGAAAACUCGUAUAACUUGCAAAUGCCAUGGUGUCUCCGGUUCAUGCAGUUUAAUUACGUGCUGGCAACAGUUGUCAUCGAUAAGAGAAAUUGGUGACUAUUUACGUGAAAAGUAUGAAGAAUCUACGGAGGUGAAAUUAAACAAACGGGGGCGGUUACAAGUUAAAGAUGCACAGUUCAAGGUGCCAACAGCGCACGAUUUGGUUUAUUUGGACGAAAGUCCUGAUUGGUGUCGAAAUAAUAAACAGCUACAGUGGCCGGGCACGCAUGGUCGCAUAUGCAACAAGACCUCAUCCGGAUUGGAUGGAUGCGGCAUACUCUGCUGUGGACGAGGCUAUAAUACGAAAAAUAUUGUCGUACGUGAACGUUGCAACUGCAAGUUCCACUGGUGCUGCCAAGUCAAAUGCGAUAUUUGUGUAAAAGUCCUCGAGGAGCACACAUGUAAAUAAUUCACAGCAAAAACGGAUUGAAUGUGCAAAAAUUAAAGCACAAAAAUGGAAUAAUAAUAAAAAAAUCUGCAAUCAUUUAAUGUCCCGCUAAGUAAACAAACAUGUUAGACUACUUUCUCUUAGCCGUAAAGAAAAUUAUUUAUUUUUAGUGACUAGGAAAUAUUUAUUUAAGUACUUUAAUGUAAAAAUCAGUGCAUUUAAACAGAAAACGUAGAUUUACGAAGAAAAUUCAAAAUUAGUUUUUAGUGGAGGUUCGAUUACACUAAACUUGAUGAGAUGAGAUGAUGAGAUGAGAAGAUAUAUAUAUACAUUUUAUCGCUAUCGUAAGGCUUUGUAAGCAAAUUCCAUAAGUUAAAAUGCAUCACAAAACUAAUGAUAUUAUAGCUAUGAUAUGUAAUAAAGCAAACAUAUAUUUAAUUAGGAUUAAAAAAUAAAUUACUUCAAUUUUAAGAGUUUAGAAAUGUAUUUACUGCCAAACAGACGGGCAGAAGGGCAGACGUGUGUGGAUCAGACGGGUUGAAAUAUGGGAGAGCAUACACACAGGACAGUAGCCUAAACUGUAGCUUUUCUAGAGAGCGACUAUCCUUUAUUGUUGUGUAUAUUUAUUUGUAAUUUUUUAAAAUAAUUAUCAGCAAGUAUAUAGUAUAUACAUACAUAUAUA